CAGCAGGAUAUGACGCCGUUACUCGCCUACUGGGACGUUCGUGGUUUCGCCCAGGCCAUCCGCAACCUUCUCGUCUACAAGGGAGUAGAGUUUGAGGACAAGCGCUACCCGCACGGCCCGCCGCCGGAGUACAGCUGCGGUGAAUGGCUCAGCCAGAAGUUCGAGCUGGGGCUCAAGUUUCCCAACCUGCCGUACUACAUGGACGGCGACGUGAAGAUCACGCAGAGCUUGGCCAUUCUCCGGUACUUGGCAAGGAAGUACGACCUGAAUGCCAGGAACUACCUCGAAGCCACGGAACUUGACGUCCUCGAGCAGCAAGCCCAAGACCUAUGCCUCAUCCUCGCCUAUGAGGCGGUGCCGAUGCCACGGUACAAGCAAGGACUCAAGUCCUACGCCGAGAACGUGGGAGACAAGCUAGAACCCUGGGCCAAGCACCUAGCCGGGCUUAAGUGGGUGCUCGGGGAGAGACUGACGUACGUGGACUUCUUGCUCUACGAGGGACUCGACUGGCACCGAGCAUUUAAACCAGAGGCCUUGCGGAAAUACGGAGAGAUCUCCGAGUACCUCGAUAGGUUUGAGCAGCUGCCAAAGCUGAAAGAAUACUUCGCCUCCGAACAGUACAAGGACUGGCCCAUUGUCGGACCACUGCGGCCGUGGGGUUACCACAGAAAUGCUAAAGUUUCAUAAGGAAUUCGCACCGAACUUGACGUCCACUGCAUCAC